ACUAAGUAUAGGCUAAGAUUUAUUAUUCGGAACCUCACAGUCCUAGGAAAUUAUUGUAAGGGAAUAGUCUUGUCAAAAUUGCACGUUGUAUAAUUGUUGUGAUUGGCAGAAAGAGUCAAAAUGCGGUUCGAUCUAAAGGAUUUGCUGUUGAUGUCCAUGUCUAUAUCCCCCAAUAGUGUAAUACGCCGGCACAAGCGAUUUAAGUGCGGCAAAGUGAGUUUCCUGGUCCACUAUGAGCUGCAAAAGGGAAAGCUAGUAAUCCGACAGGUGAAGAUGAUUCGUCACACUCCCUCCUUGAGCAGCCGACUGCGAAAGCGACUACGACUUCUGCAGCGGGUGUUAAAAAGAGAGAGUGAGAUCAGUGAUGGACCUGAGAGACCAUUAAGCCAGGAGGAUGAGCUAAUUCCGACCUCUUUCCAUCACAAUUCCGUAGCCGUGGGCACAGAUCUCGCCUUUGACUGUACUGCCAGUCAAACUCCUUACCAGGAGUGGGUAAGCAGCCAGGUGGAUACCUGCGACUUGGUUGAAACCAUUUCCAGGGAUCAGCAAACCUUUAGCCCUCUACAGCAAUUUUCAAGCAUUGCUGUGGGCACAGAGCUAGAGAUGGAUAGCUCAGCCUCUCAAACGCUCCACCAGGAAAGGAUCACCAGUCAGGUGGAUACCUCUGACUUGAUCCAUUACAUUUGUAGUGAUCAGCAAACUUUUAAUCCUGGCCAGCAAACCUUAAGUAUCCAAACAGAUAAAAAAUCACUGCAAAGUCGGGCCAUUCAGUUGGAAUUCUCCACUAAGACCUCUUCCACCCAAAUCAAGUUAUCCACCGCCAGCUUGGGCACUCAAAUAAAGCAUCACUUUACCAAUGCUACUGUCCAGACAAAUAUAGAUACCCAGGACGUAAAUACGCAGACCUACGAUGUCGAAGAAGAGAUCAUUAAGCCUCAUAUUCAAGCUCUUUAUCUCAUCCACGACUCCAUCAAAAAUCAGAGUGACCUUAUACACAACGAAGUACUGGAGGCUGUCAACCAACUGGUUGAUCUCACCCUGCUCGAAGUGAAGAAUAGGCGACUCGAAAGGGACCUGCCCAGGGAGGCUUCACUGGAACCAAUGACACCUAUCCCGUCGAACCAGAUCGGGGAUAAUUUGCCCUUGGAGAAACUGUUAUCCGAGACGGAAAAAAAUAAGCUUUUGGGGAUAAAAAGAGGCAGCAAGGACAAGAGGUGGUCCGUGUGGAACUGUACGAUGAAGAGCAAGCGCUUUGGUCAACACAUGCACCGUAGCAGGCACCGGGUGACCAGCCAAAACCAAGAAACCCAGACUGAAUUCCUGGAGGCAAAGGAGGUGGUCAGUGUAGAAAUGGCUACGCAGACGGAAAAGGAAAGGAGCCGCUGGACUCUGAAACGUAACUAGGAACCUUUGGCUUCCUGAACUUCCAAUCCUGUGAACUUACCCCAGCAGCCAGGCCGCCGUCUUCAUCCAUGUUGGACUCAUUGUGAUAAACUUGUGUUUUUUGUUUGGCACUUUUAGUAUGUGGCAAGCGAUGAUUUCAUUUAAAUAAGUCGAAUCAG